AAUCGUCUCUAUUUCCUGGUUGAAGUGGCAGCCAUUUUGGGUUAGACGACUAGCCGCCUUGGGUCUGGGGGAGUAGCUAGUCUUCUAGUUACUUUUUAAAUCUGUGAAAAACGGUGCUUUUGUUGUUUGUCAAAUCUAAAGGGAGUCUCGUCUUAAAAGAAGAGUGGUUUAACAGUGUCAAGCCACGAUGAAUCCUGAAUAUGACUAUUUAUUCAAGUUGCUGCUGAUCGGUGACUCUGGUGUUGGAAAGUCCUGCCUUCUCCUCCGAUUUGCAGAUGACACGUACACAGAGAGCUACAUUAGCACUAUCGGCGUGGACUUCAAAAUAAGAACUAUAGAGCUAGACGGGAAAACGAUCAAACUUCAAAUCUGGGACACGGCGGGGCAAGAGCGGUUUCGCACAAUAACCUCCAGCUACUACCGAGGAGCCCACGGCAUCAUUGUAGUGUAUGAUGUUACAGACCAGGAGUCCUUCAAUAACGUUAAACAGUGGCUACAGGAGAUUGACCGCUACGCCAGUGAAAAUGUCAACAAGUUAUUGGUUGGCAACAAGUGUGACCUGACAACAAAGAAAGUGGUGGACUACACAACAGCAAAGGAAUUUGCAGACUCUUUGGGCAUCCCUUUCCUGGAGACCAGCGCCAAGAACGCCACCAACGUGGAGCAGGCCUUCAUGACCAUGGCCGCCGAGAUCAAGAAGAGGAUGGGACCCGGCGCCACGGCCGGCGGCUCGGAAAAGUCCAACGUCAAGAUUCAGAGUACCCCCGUCAAGCCGCAGUCCGGAGGCUGCUGCUGAGCCUUCCUCGCCUGCCCCACAACCCCGCACCCGCCCCCCUUGCCUGGCCCAGGCCCGGCCCGACCCGACCCGGUCCCACCUCACCCACACCUACCACAACCACCACCACCACAUCCAGCUCUUCUGGUCCAAUGUGCUGAACACCACAUACCAAGACAUCCAACACCUCAUCAGUCACUUUCCUCUGAAAAGAGGCUUCAACCACCACUUCAAACAUUCAAAAAAGAAAAAUUACAAUGAAAAACGACAACAAAAAAAGCAAACUUCAUGCGAUAAUAAAUGGAUCUUAAGAAGACAAGUUGUAGAGGAAUAAAAAAAGAGUAACUGAGAGAAAUGGGGAAAGAGAAAUAUUAAAUGAAAGUUGCCUGAGUUGUACUGUAUGUAGCCUCACUACCAAAAGCAAUGGUUAUGUAAUACAACAGGUUCAGUACACACACAAAAUGUCCCCCCACCCCGGCCCGCACGCCCAAGACGGAAUUGAUUUGAAUAAAGUUUAUGACACAUUAACGGUCCCAUCACACAGCCUGCCACUUGCCCUCCGUACACAUGCUCUCUCCCUCACACACAUACAUUCACACACUUGUUUUUUUUUCUGCCAUGGGCCCCCUCACACCCAUUCUACAGAAAGUACAUUUCUUUUCCACUGGGCGUUCGAAAUCUUCUGUGUGUUGAGGUUUCCUGGAAUAACGCGUGUGCGUGUGCGUGUGUGUGUGCGUAUGUUCUCACUGCAUUCCCACUGCAGGGCUGGUCUGUGGUCAAAAUUCAGUGACUUUUUGUUUUUGUUUUUUUCUGUCCUUUUUUUAUUCUUUUUCUUUCUUGUUUAUUUUUUUCUUUCAUUUUUCUUUUUUUGGUUUGUUUUAUUUUUGCUGUCUGUAUCAGCGUGUGUAGAUCUGUCCCCUAUGAAGGUGUGUUCGCCAAUUUGCGUGUCAACCAACUGCACAACAGUGUCUCACUGUCAAACAUUUAAAAAGUCUAGUGAAAUAUAUGUACAUAAACAUUAUGUAUAUAUAUGUAAGAUCUGAUUUGCUAGUUCUGUAGUUAAAAUACAUUAUCCGAGUAGUUUUACCUCUCAAUCUUUGCUAUUAAUUUGUGGCUGCAGACUAUUGUAAUUUUGUUGCGCAAUAUGUAACAUUUAACAGGAAAAAAAGUUAAAUAAAUAUUGUACUACCGGACUGUACGAUAUGGAACAUGUCUGCAAUUCUUGGUGGAACAUGUAGAGAAAACCGAUUGUGUUUUAAUUAUUUAUUCUACAUUCAUAUGGCAAAUAUGUUGUUCCAAUUUAUAAUCUGUUUGACAAAUUGGCCAUUACCUGUGGAAUAUCUUGAUUGCAAGUGGCAAUUUCACAAUUGCAUAUAUCAAACACUAUGUUCUCUUUUUUUCAUAAUAAAGGCAACUGAAUUCAGUUUUUAAGAAA